AUGUCAGAACAUGAAUAUGUGCCUCAAAUAACCAAGUUGAAUGACUCGCCUAGAGCUUGUAAACUGUAUGAAAGCUGUAGCGGUGGCGCGCACGCUCCGUGCCAAUUACAGCAACGACCAUCAGAUAUCGCUAACAAGACGAUGCGUAUCUGUCCAGCGCCCGCGCACUACCACUCGCCGCACCACACCGCACCGUGCAUUCAAAUUCCGAUAGCAAAUACUGUACACCCCCGCGACGUAACUCAAAAAUUUCGCAUUGGAUUCCCGACCUUAAAUAAUUCUCACGGAGUUUAUUUCACCUAUCUCCUGCAGAGUUUGGUCACUUUGCAUGAUGAGCGCAGUGGCGUGAAUUACGUGGCCGUAGGUCGUUAUUGUUCCACCGAGAUUUGUCUUCGUCUCGAUCGCGCCAAUCUGAUUCGUAUUACAUCGGAU